CGGCCGGAACGCCGCUGCCCUCCGCCCCGCCGGGCCGCAGCAGCCGGGCCCCGCCGGAAGGGGCGGGGGCGGCGCAGCUGACAAGAUGGUGGCCACUAGGCACGCGGCGGCGCGGCGCAGGGAGCAGCGGGCCCGGGCCCGGGCGGGCACCGGCAGCCCUGGGCCCGAGGCGGCGGAGAGGUCAUCUGAAAUUAAUACUUCUGUGUUCAUGAGGAUGACUAGAAGAAGAAGUAAAUUAAUUCAUAAGCCAGAGGUAAUUCAGGAAUCUCAGUCUGAAGAGGUGGAACUUGCAGAAACAAAGUUAGAUGUUAGUGAUAGCUUAGAGACGCAAAUUACUGUAAAGGAGAGCACAGCUAUUCAUUCAGCACAAUCAGUUGCUGAGCCACAAGCUGAUGGGGAUGUGUCAGAAACAGAAUCAAGCUGCUCAGGUGUAUCUGGUCUUCAGACACCUUUGUUUGUAAGAGUAACAAGAAGACGACAAAUUGUAGUUCCUUAUCAGUUGGAUUCUACUGACAAAAGAAGACAUGACAAGAUAGCUUUUCUAAAUAAGUUAUGCAGUACUGUGGAUGAAGAUGAUGUCUCUGAAGCUGAGUCUUGUUCCUCUACUGUUUCUGGUGUACAGAUGCCUAAUGUUACCAGAACUACAAGAAGCAGGCAAAGCAAAAAGAAACUGCCACCAGAUACAGUUCAUGAAACCCAGAGUGAAGAUGUUUCUGAUGCACAGUCAUGCUGCUUAAGUUCUCGUAUGGAACCGUUGAUCACUACAAAACGAAUUACCAGGACCCUGCAAAUGAAAUCACAGGCAGAAGAUACUAAGCAGACUGGGAAGGGAAGCAGAAUUGUUUCAGAAGAUAAGAAUUUAAUUGAAGACAACAUUAAGUCUGAGCCAAUAAUAAUUUCUGAUUCUAAACCUGCUGCAGAACUUGUCUCUGACACAGAAGACGCUUUAUCUGACAAUGAAGAUAAUAAAGAACCCAGUUCACCUAAAAGCAAAUGUUCUUCCAAAUCUGCCAAUACAACCAGGAGUGAAGACGUGAAGGAAGAGGUUUUGAAUGAUGUGACACACAUCAGUCUUACAAAAAUGAAACAAAGUGACACUGAAUCACCUGGAAAAAAAGCAAUAAAAAAUACACAAUCUAUUGGGGUAGAUGAUUCAGAGAAAACAUGUGGCCAAAUACAAGAACACCGUAAAAUAUUUGUGAGGGAGGAGAAAUUAGAGCGUAUGGUUCUUUCUUUGACUGAUUGCAUGGGUCCCAAGCAAUUUUUAGAAUCCCAAGGGGAAAUAACACCAAAUGAAAGUAAAAAAAUUCCAGAAUGCAAAAGAGCAGAUGCUGAGGCAGAUGCACAGCAGUCUUUCACCCAUGCUGAUAAAUUAAGAAAGGGUGAGCAAGCUAGCACAGUGAGCAGCCCGCAAAAGGGCAUAGCUGUUGCACAAAGAACUGAUAGCAUUGGUAGAUGCAGGGUGCUAGAAAUUGGUGUGGACAGUGGUGAAGACCAAACAGGAGAAUAUGCUGAAUCUGUGUCCCACAGCCGUGGAAGAUCAGGCAGUGGCAACAAUUCUGUUGAAUCGUUUAUGAGCAAAGAUGAAAAUGAUGAAUCUGAAAAUAGUGAUGUGGUGGACACAGAUACAGUUGGAGAGAAUCAGUGUUACAAAGAGGCAGAUGAGAGGACUCCUUCCCUCAACAAAUCUUUAGCAAACAGUUCACUGCAUGCUGAAGGGCUUUUUGUAAUUGAUACUAAGCCUGGCAUGAGUUCCAGCCAAAAGUAUUAUCUGGAUCAGGUAGACCAAGAUAGUGAUGCUGAAAGUAAACAUGAAGGAAGUGAAAAAGGUAAAGAAUUGUCAGAUCUGGAAGAAGCUGAAGAGGAAUUGAUAGAUCAAGAUGAGAAAGAUGAAGAUGAGGAGUUGUUGAAAACCAAGAUUGACAUCUUACAUCUUUCCAGCAGCAUAGACACUGGUUUGAAUAUAAAGAAGCUUGGAGGUUUAUAUAUUAGUUUUGAUGCAAAAAAACAGAAGCCUAGAUCAAGUGUAAUUAAUCAGCUGAAGGAGAAAAAGAAGGACCAGCUCUUGCAGAAGAGUAUAAUAACUCCAGAUUUUGAAAAAAAGGAAUGUGUCCCACCCUUCAGGGAAUCACUUCACCAGCUAAAGAAACAGCGCAGGGCAGAGCGAGAGAAGACAACAGGUGAUGGUUGGUUUGGUAUGAAAGCACCUGAAAUCACAAGUGAACUGAAAAAUGAUCUUAAAGUUUUGAAGAUGAGAGCUUCGUUGGACCCUAAGCAUUUUUACAAGAAAAAUGAUAGAGAUGGUCUACCCAAAUACUUCCAGGUUGGAACUGUAGUUGAUUCUCCCAUAGACUUUUACCAUAGCCGAAUCCCUAAGAAACAAAGGAAGAGAACGAUUGUUGAAGAGCUGCUUGCAGAUUCUGAGUUCAGAAGAUAUAAUAAAAAGAAGUAUCAGGAGAUCAUGAGUGAAAAAGCAGCUUUUGCAGCAGGGAAGAGGAAUCGGAAGAAGAAGAAAUUUCACAAUUAAGACUUGAAGAAAAAUAACAAGCUGGAACAACUUACUUGUUAUAAAACUUUUUACAGAAUGCUUUGCUUGUGGUGUUUUUUUCUUUUUUUUUUUUAGAUUGUAGGUGUAGGUCAUGCAAAUUGAGGUUUAGAGAAAUUCUUGCAGUGAGAAUUUGGUAGGGGGCUUUAUUAUCACGUAUCUAAAUUUAAUUUAGAUUUUAAAAAUUAAUGCUCAUGUAAAAAGAUAAUGAUAGGAAAGCAUAUUGUUAAAUCUGAGCACAAAAUCCAACUUCAUGGAUUGUGGUCUUUUAAGGCAUCAGUCUUUACAUCAAUGAAUUAGGAAAUGCAGUUUAAAGUUAUAUGUGUCAUUUGCCUUGGCACCCUUUAUGUGCCAGAACAAAUUUUUCCAUGUCUUGUCAGAUGUGCUGCUGGCCAUUUCUGUAAUAGGUGUUGAGAAAUAGUUUGGUUGUGAAGGGUUUAUUUCAGUACUGACCAUAAUAGGAUUGAGAAUGUCUUGGACUUAAGUGUAUACACAUAUAGAUAGAUAGAUAUAGAUAUAUCUAUAUAGACACAUAUUUAUAAAAAUAUAAAAAAUAUUUAUAAUUAAAUACAAAUAAUAUAGAUUAUAUAUUGUUUAAUUAAUAGUGUAAAUAUGUAUUUACGUAAAAUUUUAAUGUCAUAUGUUGCUUUUGUUAUAUCAUUUUUUAACUGUCUAAUGAUCCUUCUGAAAAUAAUUUGAUAGUGGGGUCCAUUAUCUAGGAUAUAGUGUGCAGAUUGUGGUCUGGUAGCUGACUUGGAAUAGUUCUUCAGGUGAAUGAAUAGAGUGAGUUUGGAAGGCCUCUGCUGCCAUUAUAGAACCAGAGGUGGCAUUGGCUCGGUUCUCCUUUAGUUAUGGUUCAUAACCUUUUGUGAUUGUCAGAACUGUUGUGCUGUUAGGUUGGUUUUUAAUGACCUGGCUAUUACAUGGCUCUUACAAAUAGUGUAACUCAGUUACUGCCCUUAGGUAACAGACAAGACAGAUAAUAGCAGAAAUAACACUGUCUCUACAUUGUUUCAGGUGGUUUAGGUGAGAAAGAUUUACAAGUGAUUAUCAGAGGACCAGUGGUGGUGUUUUCUUGUCAUAUGAACAUUGAAUUUUAUAAGUUCUGUAUCUUAAACAAGAAGUAUGGUCUUGACCAAUGUUUAACCAUGCAAUUUUCUACUGUUGAGAAGUGGUGUUUUGUUAAGGAUUAGCUAUUUGUGCUGGAAAUAGCUAACACGAAAUGAGCAUCAUGGUAUAUAUUGAUUACCAGCUGAAGCUGGAAAGAAUUUUUCCCUGAUCCUUUGGGGUUUUUUAUAUUAUUAUGACAUUGGCCAUAAUAUUUUGCUACCAGAGACAGAUGGGAAUCUAGAUUCCUUAAAAAGUCUUAACUGCAUGGACAUGAGUAGUGUGCAAAGUAAAGUGAAUUAAUUGGGAUGUAGUAAACACAUACAAGUAGAAUCUGUCCCCAGGUCUCAGCUAACAUGCAGAUGCUAUUCUAAUACAAUUAUAUGUAUGCUAAUAGCUUGCUUCUCUGUAAAUGAUAACAAAGACAGUAAAAACAACUGUGAUGUCUUGUUCUCUAGAUGAGAUAUAAAAACACAAAAAAAAUAAUACUGAACACUGAGGAAAGAAAACAAAGCACCACAGUAAUUGUCAUUCUGUUGCAUCCUGAGAUGUUCAAGUGCAACUUUGGAAGAGCAACGUACAACUCCAAAAGAGAAAUGCGAGCUUUGGUGUUAGUCAGCAAGCAACAACUCCACUGUCUAUUCUUAGGCUGCUCUAACUACUUACAGAAGUUACUUCACAUACAACAUAGCUAGUGAGGGAUUUGUUUAACGUUCCGUAUCUUUCCCUUUCUUUGAUUUUUCCAGUGUCUUCUGUUUGUCACGCUCUGUGCUCAGCAAGUGCCCCUGUUCCUCUGUGUGCACAAGAGGUGAGCUGUACUGAACAGCGUUUGCUGGGCCACAGGGGGGCACUUGCAGGUUGUGUUUGCCACCUCGCCAGGCAGCCACUGCCUGAGCUUGUGCUUCAGCCUCUUUUAGUUAAGGCACUAGCUAGUGUACGUUUUCUUAAACACCAAUUUUCAUAAAAGCACAGGCAGGUGGUGUUCUGAAUUCCUCUACCUCUCAAUUAAAUUUGAUUGAAAUUGACCUAAGGUUUAGGGGGUUGAUGGGGAGAGAGUAAAAACAAAAUGUACCAUGUGAUUGCCUCAUUUUACCGGAUUAUCACGUUUCUCUGAAAAUACUCAAAUACGUAAAAAAAAAUUUGUGAAACACUAUCAUAAUUUGAGAAACUUUGCCUAUCAAUUGCAAGUAAUAUUUUCUUUUACUGGCUGUCAGAAAUGUUUGUGCUAAUUUGUAAUCCUGCCUUUAUUAACAAGAAAUUUCCCCAGGAUUAAAGGGUAGUAGGUA